GCAGGCGAGACGAGCUGGACCUCCCAGCUGGGCGUCGGGGUCGUCGCCUACCUGCUGCUGGAGGCGCUGAAGGCGGCGCUGCGGCUGGCGGGCGCCGCGGUGCAGGCGCGCUGGCCCCGGCGGCGCGCGGAGCUGACUCGGGGGCCCCCGCCGUGGCUUGAGGGCCCCGAGGCGCCGGACUUCGCGAAGCGCGCGGCGGAGCAGGCGAGGGCCAGCCGCAGCCGCAGCCAGUGCCAGGCCGCCGGGCCCGUGCUCUGGCAUGAGAGGCUCACGAUUGGCGAGCGCGGUGCCCCCAGCUAUAUCGCGACGCCAGACUUCGACGACUACGACGAGCCCAACGUUCCAGGGCCCGACGUCGCGGAGGUGGUGCGCCUGGCCGGGCAGGGAGGCAAUCCUCUGGCCCUGGCGGCCGGGCACGUGCACCGCUUCAGGCGCCUCCCGGCGGCCGCGGAGGCCUGGGGCGCCGUGGGGCGAGCAGUGGCCGCGGGCUACCCGCCUUCGCCCGUGGGGCCGCUGUUGCUGGACCUGGCUGCUGGCAACGUCCUCGGGCUGGCCGCCGGGCAGCGCCCGCUUGCCAACCCCGCGGCCGGUGCGGCGCCGGGCGACGCAGCGCCGGCGGGCCAGGCGGGCGCGCCAGGCGCGCCAGCGGCCCCGGGCGCGCUGGUGGCGGCGCCGGCCGCGGCUGCGCCUGUCGCGGCGGGGGCUGCAGGAGGAGGCCUCGCCGGGCUCGUGGCGGCUCUGGGCGGGCCCGCUGCUGGGGCGGGGGCGGCGGCAGCGGCAGGCGCGCCGGCGGCUGCAGGUGCCUUGGCUGCGCCCGCGGCCGCGCUGCCCGCGGCGGCGCCCGCCGCGGACGCAGCGCCCGCCGCCGCCGGAGCCGCGGCCGGAGCGGCGCCCGCGGCGCCGGCCGUGGUCGGCGUGGGGCCUGCCGCCCUCGACGCUCCUGACCUGCGCGUGCUGGCGGCCGCCCGCGACGGGCGCGGGCAGCGGUUCUUGGACUUCCGCGAGGGCGUGCUGGCGCAGUCCGAGCGCGCGCGGGCCGACUUCCCAGUUCGCGGGCCUCGGACCACGCACUGGGCAUUGCAGAGCAUCCAGCGGCGCGGCGGCUCACCGCUCGCGCGCCACUCGCGCUGGAGGACCGAGAUGGGGUUGGAUCCAGAUGAUGCUGGAGUCGAGGUGCACCUGUCGUGCAGCCGCCUCUUGGAGACCAUGAUCUCGCGCGACCAGCUCAACGCCUGUGACUUGGCGUGCGGUGAGCUCAUCGCGAGGGCGCUCCAGGUGCAAGAAGAGCGCUACCGCGCCCGCAGCGCCUCGGCCGAGCCUGAGAACAUCAAUCGUAAUCUCAUGAUGGGGACCGCCGAGGUGCGAGGCGACGUCUGCGUGGCCCCCGCAUUGCAGCAGCAUGUGUCGGCAGAGCUGGCCCGCGAGGUGGCGGUGCAGAAGGAGCUGCGGAAGGCGCGCGAGGAGCGCCAGCUGGCGUCAGGUGCGUCGGGCAGCCACGACAGGGACAAGGACAAGAAGGGCAGGAAAGGCACAAAGGGCGAGGG